GUUAACCUCUAACAUCGGUAGAGGAUUGCAUCUUGUGUUCGUGAUGACAGCAAUGUCGAGGCAGCGGUACGCGAACCGCAGCAGCGGGAACAGAUAAGGAAGGGAGGGAGCCACGCGUCGGGCAAUCAUGUGUAGUGUCAUGUGGCUCCUUCGGCUCCUAACGACUUGCUGCCUCGUUUAUCUAUCGACGUCCGACUUCCACACAGAUCUAUCAAUAAUAACCGAUUCAAUAUCAACGAAAUCGACGACGGCGGCAAAGCGAUCGGUACCGACGGAUGCGCCGAUGUUGAACUACAUUUUCGAUGCGCACAGCACGCUGAACAAACAUCAACACCAUCACGACCAUAGGUGGGGCCCUCAUUUCGAGGGAGAAAGCAAGAAUAUGACGGUACAGGCUGGUGGUAGCGCCCUGCUUGACUGCAGGAUAUCCUUGCUUCAGGAUAAAACCGUGUCUUGGGUACGUAGACAAGACAAUGGGGAAAAGGUAAAUUUGCUGACAGUGGGUCAGCAGACGUACAUAGGAGACCCAAGGUACACGGUGAAGUUCCAAUACCCGGAUAACUGGCGUCUACAAAUCCGACCGGUGAACAGUAGCGACGAGGGCCAGUACGAGUGCCAAGUCAGCACUCAUCCGCCCAAGUAUAUUCACGUGAAUCUUCACAUCAACGCACCAUCCGUCCAAAUAGUGGACGCCCUGGGUGAACCUCUGAGAGACAAGUAUUACGAGGCUGACAGCACUAUAGAGCUGUUAUGCGUUGUGCGCCACAUAGCAAUGCAAGUGCAAUACAGUGUCGUGCAGUGGCUUCACGGCAACAGAGUUUUGAACUACGACACGACGAGAGGCGGUAUCAGCGUGAAAACGGACCUAAUGGAAGAGGGGGCCAAUUCGACUCUCAGCAUAGCGAGGGUGGGACCAGCUGACAGCGGAAACUACACGUGCCAUCUAACCACCAUGCCCGAUCAACCUGCCACCGUUCAUGUGCAUGUGUUGAACGAAAGCUUAGCCGAGCUGCAUCACGGGUCCGCGGAGGUCGCCAGUAGCGGUUCGUUGCUGCUCCUCUUGUGCGUCUUUCUCGGUCGGAUACAACAGGUGCUGAGAUGAAGGAUCGACCAGUUUCGUCGCUUCCUCGCUGCACCACAAUACACAGAACUUUUAUAUUAUCGUUGAGAGAAUGGACGUAGCCACACGUGAAGAAGAAACGAGCAAGGAAGAAACGUGAACGAAGGAGAGGAGGGCGGUGAAUGCAAAAAAAAAACUUGAAAACUCUGCGAGAGGAGAAUGGGCUUGAGGCGUGGGGAAAGGUUGGCAGCAUUGGU